GCCGAAGGAGAUACAGAACCGGAAACAGAUGCAACGUUACCCCUGAAGCCAAAAAAACCAUCUAAAAAAGAUGAAGAGGAAGAACCUGAAGAAAGUGACGGUGGUUCUCCAAAAUCACCGGUUGUGCCUGAGGAUAGUGAAGAGGUGAGAGAAACAGGCAAGCCCACUCCAGUGAAAAAGAAACCUGUAUGGGAACCACCACCACCAGUCCCUCAGGAGCCGUACGAGUUUCCACCUGAAGAAAAGAAGUUGUGUGACAUUUUGAAGGAGGAAAAAAUUCCUCCAACACAAAGAUACGCUAAAAAACCAAGGAAAAUGGAUGUUCUUAUACCCUGCAAAAUCCCUUGGGAGUUUUGGCCAUGUAUUCAAACGCAAGAAGGUAUGGGAGCUUUCGGCCACCAAAGGAAUCCUUAUACAAAAGUAGACCAAGGUUCUAAAACGUUAGUGCAGGGUGAAGUACAUUCUGAAACUGUGAUCCCUUUGAUUUCCCAAGCCCACGGAGCCUCCAAAGCAGGAAUGCUACCAUUUGGAGCCUACAGAAGAAAUGUUUCGAGUAUCAUCGACAGUCAUGAAUUCGACACAUCAAAAGCAAGUUCAACUAUAUCAAGCAUCAUAAAUGGCUCGUUUCAUGUCAAAUUAUACGUUAAACUUUGCGAACAGUAUAUCCCCUUAAUGAACAAAGGAUCACGCAACUGGAUCGAAAAUGAUACUGGUAUUGGCAACAUCCGAAACCAGACAAUGAAUAUAAAAUAUUCCAAAAAGCUGACCAGUUCUGUCCAACCUCAGUCUCAUACAUUCAUCAGUCGUCAGUUUGCUCCAACAUCCGAAGUUGCUGGAAGCAAUAUCAUUGGAAAACCACGCGGUAUUAUUCUCAAGGAUGACCGAGGCGAAGUUCUCGCCAAAUGUGAUCGCGAAUCUGAAACGAUUGUACCUCGACUGUUCAACACAGAAAGCACUUACUUAAAAAGCGGGGCAGACUUCGGUUCAUUCAGGCCUCUUAUAUGCGAAUCCCAAGGUGGAUUCACCAUGACAUACGACGAGGAAGUUCUUUGCAAAUUGGUUUUACCGUACCAGGUUAGUACUUCUUAA